CGUUAGCCGGUUUUGAAAAGCGGACAGAAUCGUAUCUUUAGCUUGGGUUUGCCUGGUGGCUAAUGUUAGCCAGCCAUAGAAAUGUUUCGAAGAGAAUGUGGCCUUGGGUUUUGGUGAUAACAUUAUCUUAGAUUGUUGAUAUUUAAUAGAGAAAUGUAACAGUGAGCUAAUUCCUAGCUAACUUGCCGACUUCGUAGUUUGCCCAACACUUCGCAAACAUAGCUAAUUCUGAUAGAAGUCCACGUGCAGACAAGAUGAAGGAGGAGGCUGGUGCAGAGGGAGAGAUGGAGAACGCGGAGCCCCUUUCGGCCGAGAAGUACGCCGCCGAGGCACUGGCGGCCGACAUGGACCCGUGGAUCGUGUUCGACUCGUGCAAGACCCCCAGGGCCGAAUUCGAGGGCUGGCUGGAGUCCAACCGGCCCUCCCAGGUGAGCCGGUACAGGGACGAGGAGGGGGGGACGGGCCCCGUGGGGUGGAUCGCCGUGCUGGGCCCGGACCACUGCCCCAGCAUGGGGAACGUGACUGGCCUGCAGGAGAGCUGGGAGCGGCUCCAGGCCAGCGGGAGGCCCGUCAGCUUCCAGACGGUGAAGGAGCUGGCGCUCAACCACAGCGUGCUGAUGGGCAAAUGGCUCAUGUACCUGGACACGGGCUUCAAGGUGGACCACGCCUGGGAGUGCAUCGCCCGGGCCGUCCUGGACGGGAAGAUCUGCUCGGCCAAGGUCAGCCCCCGCGACCCCAAGCCGGACAGCAGGCACGUCAUCUGCGUCUACAACCAUGCCUUCACCGAGGAGGACCAGGUCGUGAGGCUGGACGCGGCCAUCCGCGCAGCCGGCGUCAAGUGCCCGCUCUCCUACAAGCCCGACGUCUACACGUACCUGGGCAUCUACCGCAACAACCGCUGGAAGCUCUGCCCCACCAUCUACGAGAGCAAGUUCGACCUGGAGUGUGUGCCUCGCCGCUCCCACAUCGUCAACAAAGUCACCGGCGCGGAGGUGACAUAAGAUGGCGUCGGGGGCGGCGGCGUCGUGGUGGUGGGAUCGGACGGACGGACAGGACGGACGCUGAAUAACGGCACGGUUUGUGAACGUUCACUCGUGCGGACGCGUUUUUUCUCUCUCGUAUUUGUUCCGUUUGUGCCACUACAAAAAAAAAAAAAAAAAAAAGUAGUACGGAAACCUGCGUGCUUCCGAUUUCACUACCAGGAAUUACACUGGAUCCUAGCUUCCGCUGCACGAGCCAGCCUUAUACCUGCUUAGUGAGGAACCUGGUGCAUAAACUACAACAAAAAAAAAAAAAAAACUGAAUGGAAAAUAGUCAAACUGUCAGCUGCCCGCGAUUGGCUCUGGCCUUUAGGAUAUUGCCGGGGUUGAGAUUUUGUUCAUGGUCACACUUGUCACUGGAAAAAUAACGGCACUGACCAAGUUGAAAGACUUCAGCUGUGUGAGCUGGGACAGCCGGAAAUGAGGAGAGGCUGGGUUUCGCCCUGGUCACAAGGUUUCAGUGUGGAGACAAGGACAGCCAUUUUAUUUCCACACAUCCAUCCUGAGCUACAGCCCGGCAAAUAAUCAGUUUACAAAAAAAAAAAAAAACACACACACAGCAGAAACAGACAUUUAAGGGCUGUAACAAUGGUUUCCUUUGCUCAGAAAUGAGCUGACGUUUUUGUUAUUUUAUACGCAAACAUAAUUUUGUUUUCUGUGUUAUAUUCUAUACACCUGUCCUAUACGUUUGCCAAAUAAAAGCAAAUUUGGAAACCAGCUCUUGAAUAAAUUGCUCAAUUU